AUACAAUUACUGCCCUUAAAUUAUUUGGAAAUUUAUUCAGAGUUCGUAUCAAGCUAUAUCAAAAUUCGUAGAAUAAAGAUGUCCGACGAUCGCUUGACUGUCUUGCACAAUAUAUCGGAACUAGUAAACUCCGGUCUCAGCAAGGAAACCCUUAAAAUCUGCAUCGAACUGAUAGACAAUGGAGUCGGUGGUCGAGCACUUGCACAAGUAAUCAAGAGCAUUAGAGAGGGGAUCGAAGAUAAUAAAGGUGGAGAGUGUGAGGAUUCCGGAGAAUCAGCUGCAUCAACACCCAGAAUUUUGUAG